UUACUUGCUGGCAUCACCGUGUUUUGGGCGUGUUUAGCAUUAUUGUUUUUGUUAAUUAGAAGCGUUUUGAAAACUAGUUUUAAUUGUUUAAAAUAAAUAAAAGCAUAGAAUAAAUACUUCUUGACAGAAUGAAGACACUGGAAAAAUGCGCGCUGGCAGUGCUGUUCAUUUGCUUCACAUUGCAAACAGUUCAAGCCAUCAAAUGUUGGGACUGCCGCAGUGACAACGAUCCCAAAUGCGGCGACCCCUUCGACAACAGCACACUGGCCAUCACGGACUGUACACAGGAACACGAAUUGGAGCAUUUGCCCGGAGUGCGACCCACGAUGUGCCGCAAGAUCCGCCAAAAAGUUCAUGGGGAGUGGCGUUACUUUAGAAGCUGUGCCUACAUGGGUGAGCCUGGCAUUGAGGGCGACGAACGCUUCUGUCUGAUGCGCACAGGCAGCUACAACAUUUUCAUGGAGUACUGCACCUGCAACAGCAAGGAUGGCUGUAAUGCGGCCGGACAACAUCGCUUGGGAUGGCUUCAGGUGCUCACCGGAACGCUGGCGACUGGCCUUGUGGCCUACUUCUUGAGGCAGUAGUAAAACAAUGAUGCGCCAUCUCUAACUAGUUUAUUGUGCCUUAAAAACUGCAAUCUACGUACAUACAUAUCUAUUACUAUCACUUAAAUCCAAAACUAAUGGAAAAUGCAACUCAAUUUCCGUCCAAUCUUCUCUAAUUCCAAAAAUCCCACUCAAUAGUUAAGCUCAAUGUUGUAAUCUCUCUAUUUUUAUACUCUUCCUUAGUUUAAGAAACAAUUUACAAAUUUUUAUUGUAAUCA